AUGGCUGAUGAGAAGAAAGUAGGUGGCUGCAUGUUAGCUGUGAGGAGUUAUUACAACAACCUGGUGGAGGAAUUUUGCUCAACAUCGUCUAGAUGCCCCUUUGUACGACUGCGGGAUCGCACAGCACGUAAACUCUGGAUCGAAAUUACCCACGCACCUACGGAAACCGCUGAGUACAACAGUAAAGACGCCUUCUAUGAACUCAAUGCGUUGAUGUCUAAAAUACCCAGUCAGCUGGUAUCCAUUGUCGGAAUCGACACAGAUGCGAAGAUGAACAACAAUCCGAAGUGA